GCGAAACUGGGGAAUGUGUCAAAUGUGAAAUAUGCAUCGGUGUAUGUGUGUGAGUAAAUAUGUAUAUGUAUGUGUAUAUGUAUGUGUAUAUGUAUGUGUAUAUGUAUAUACAUGUCUAUCUACCUGUCUAUCUACCUGUCUAUCUACCUGUCUAUCUACCUGUCUAUAUACACACGGCUAUACACACGCGUCUAUAUACACACGUCUAUAUAAAUUCUCUUCUAAAUUCAUCGUCCAUCAAAAACCCCCUCCACGCCUCACUUCGCUCUCAUCCCAUCACUUGACAACAACGAUCAAAAGGUGUUCCUUCGUUCACACGCUCUCUUUGCAUUUCAUACCCACCAAAGCCAGAUGAUCUACCUACCGUGAGACACGUUCUCUUCCCUUUUCCAUUGGCCAAUAUGCAUGGGCAGAACAGAAAGGCGGUGAGUCCUCAACCAAAUCAAUGGAUAACAUCAAUGCCAGCCUGGAUAUGCCCCAUCCCAUCAUUCUCGAUACUCUAUGCAAUUUGGAUUGGACAUUGAACGUUGACCGUUGAAUCUACGCAUCCAUCUUUCAAUCAACUUUGGAAUAUCUUGUCAAGCUUUACUUUAUAUCUUUUUAAUUCCAAGAAUCGAUCUACAAGUCGCCAUACUUCACUCAAUGCGGUGAUCACAUCUAAUUCUUAGCUGCUCGACAUCUGCCAUCGUCGUGCUUUACACACCUACAACAUAAAUCAUGGCAUCUUACAAUGUGCCAGCGACUGCCCCUCGAUCUGCGGCUUAUGGAGGACCUGUACCAAUACCUGACCCGUCAGCACCGCCUGGAACGUUUGCACCCGGGACCAAAAUCCAAGUCGGAUCUCACAAGGUCGUCAUUCAAAAGUACUUCUCGGAAGGGGGGUUCGCUCAUGUCUACCUGGUCAAAAUGCCAAAACCUAUCGAUGGGACAGACAUUGCGGUAUUGAAAAGAGUCGCGGUCCCUGACAAGGAACAUUUGGCAAACAUGAGAACCGAAGUGGAAACCAUGAAGAAGUUAAAGGGACACCGCCCAAUUGUCACAUAUUACGAUUCACAUGCAUCACAGCUGAAAGGGGGAGGAUACGAGGUAUUUUUACUCAUGGAAUUUUGCAAUGGUGGUGGUUUGAUCGACUUCAUGAAUACUCGACUUCAAAACAGGUUGACGGAACCCGAAAUUCUAAAGAUAUUCUCAGACGUGGCAGAGGGAGUAGCAUGCAUGCACUACCUCAAACCCCCCCUUUUACAUCGAGAUCUUAAAGUUGAGAACGUUCUCAUAACUUCUACCGGUCCUUCUCGAAGAUUUAAACUCUGCGACUUUGGUUCCACGGCACCACCGCGACCUGCUGCUACGACCGCUGCUGAAUGCAGAUUGAUCGAAGACGAUGUUCAAAAACAUACAACAUUACAAUACAGAAGUCCUGAGAUGAUCGAUGUAUACAGGAAACUACCAAUUGAUGAGAAGUCGGAUAUUUGGGCAUUAGGGGUACUGCUAUAUAAGUUGUGUUAUUAUACUACACCAUUCGAGGCUCAGGGUCAACUUGCUAUCUUGAACGCAAGCUUUAAAUUUCCCUCAUAUCCAAUGUUUUCGGACCCCCUUAAGAAUUUAAUAGCAUCUAUGUUGAAAGAGAAGCCAACAUCUCGUCCCAAUAUAUACCAAGUUUUGAGGGAAUCAUGUCUCAUGCAAGGAAUCGAGGUUCCAAUCAAGGACAUAUAUGCUGGAAGAACCCAAUCAGAAUCGCGACAGUAUCAGCAAUUGCCAGCUACCGAUUCUCCGACAUCACCUCCAGUGGUGGGAGCAGUUUUUGCGCCUCCAACACAACAUCAAACAGUUAUACCUGAUGUUGUACCAAUGCGAAGGGGAAGACCCACGGCUAAUACACAGCCACAAGCUACAAAACCUAGUCCGUCUCCAAUGAGAGGUACAGUUAGCGAUCCAUUUGCCGCUUUGGAUUCUACAACUUCUCCUCCAGCUGUGGACGAAAUCUCCAAUCGAUUUCCAAGCUUGGAUCAAUUUUCACUCCUUCAUGAAGGAGGCAAAUUUGAUUUUGGAUCAACAUCACCCACAAAGACAUCGCAACCUGUUAGCAAACGAGUGACAGAAAGAUUAGCUGAUGAUGCAUUUGCGAUGUCAAACCGACCGGGGUCAUCAACUUCAACCAACAAGCCAUCUCGUGCUCAACAAAUUCUAUCCAGUAAUCCACUUGAACUUCAAACAUCAGAUGUACCGGCAACCUUAAUAUAUCAGCCUACACCUACUCAUCCUGGUGUAAAACCAUCAUCAUAUGUAUCUCAAGGUACCAUGACAACACCAACUCCCCCGCCUUCAAAUACACGACCACCUAAUUUUACCGCUUCUCCACGUCUUCUUCCAUCGGACCAUCAUCGAUCAACUAGUUUGCCAAGAAAUCAAAUCGCAACUCCUUCUAGAACACCGACUUUAGAACCACAAGAAUUUUUACCUGUUCAUCCUGGGUUACCUCGAACCUCUUCAUACAACCCACAAUCUACUCAUUCAAAACAUUCAUCAUCAUCUAGACCAUCUCUCGAAAUGAGUAGACCUAGCAAUGAAGCACUUGAAAGUACUAUUCCUCGAACGAAAUCCAGUUUGAGUCGAUCACGUCCAUCAAGUCAAUAUUUGGAAUCAAAUAUGGACUUUCUUCGAGAAAAGGAAGGUCGUCCCUCGAUUGAUUCUCAACGAAGUCCAUCAUAUUCUAGAGAUUCUGCCGUCACAGAUUCACUUGAUGAUGAUCCUCAAUCGAAUGUUGACUUUCUCAAAUCAAUGGAAGAUCACGAAAGGGUCAAGAAAGAUAGACGUCGAAGUAGUGGUUCAAAAUCUAAACGUUCUAGUAUGCCUACGAUUUCGUUAUCUGGAACGAAAAAUUUGUUGGCCGGUAAAUUUGGAGAUGCUUUCAAAAGAUUUGAAAACAAUGCCAGCGCUCCACCUGGUCCAAGAACCCCAAGUCCUCUACAUGAUCUAGAUCGACGUGACUUGACACCAAUAGCUGGAUCCGAGGCAACAGAUGAUAGAAGUGAUGAUGGAACGGUAGAUGACAACAUGACGCCAGAACAAAGAAGAGAAAAUGAACGAAGAAGAUUAUCAAUUGAAGAAAAACGUGUUUCUGAUGCGGCAGCCGAAUAUCGAAAACGACUUGCUGAUCGUGGUGGUGCACCAGCCCCAAAGAGUAUUGGUGGGGUAACCCGAGCUGCAAGUAUUCAACACAAAGUCAAAAGUCUCUUGGAUGAAAAUAGUCAACAACCUUCCCCAAAGAAAACAGCAGAAGGUUAUGGAAGAUAUACCGAUAUACCAGGUCAACCUAAUCCUUUACCAACUGGAAAUCCAUAUGGAAAACCUUCUGCAAUUCGCAAACCAGUUCAGCCUUCAAUCCCUUCACCUGAUCUCAAUUAUACCAAACCUCGACCUCAACAAACACCUUCUCAAUUACCAAAUACUAAAACAGGACCAAGACCAAGUGCCCCACCCAAACCUACACAUCUCAAUAAUAUGAAUACAGGAGGUAGUCUUGCUGUCAAUAAUUCUCCGCCUAAACAGUCAUAUCUAGCUAGUAGAGGAGCGUCUGGGAUUCAACCAAGAUCAGAUAUGACUUCCUUGGAAAAAGAAGAAUAUCUCGCGGAUUUUAGUAAAAGGUUCCCGAGUUUGAGUAGUAUUGAAAUGGUGGAGAGGGAAAUUGAGAGGGAGGGGGAACAAAAUACAGGGUUGGGAAUGGGGAUUGGGAGGAGAGAUGAUAGACCUAGAGUUACUAAGGAAUUGUAAUUUUCUGGUUGUAUAAUUGGAAGGAAGGAGGAGGAGUACAGUGAAUGGGAGGGGACGGGAGGGGAGGUGUAAGUUAGAGUGCUGUUAUGUGAUGUAGUUGGUAUCAUUAUGUUAUGAUAUGAUAGUGGUACAUGUAAAUGAGUAGAGAUGUACAGAUAGUGGUAGUAGGUACCUGGAUUGUGAAACAAAAGAUAUGGAAAGGAGUGAUGAUGGGGAAUAGAUAGAGGAAUGAAUCAGAAAAUUUAUAUAUAGAUAGGUGAUUGAUAGGAGUAUAUUAUUGAAAUUAGUAUGUGGAUAAUUUGAAAUUAUAUAUGUGUGUAUCGAAUUAUGGAUUUUGAUAUCUUGUCUUUGAUGAUGAUGAUAAUAAUGAUAUUGCUGUCUUAUUAUCCUUUUACACGCGGGUAGGUAGUAAGCAUUCAAUUGAUUGCUUGAACA